AUGCCUAGUCUUGUGGUGAUCCAGACAGCGCAGCUGACUGUACCCCGCGACUCGCAGUUAAGGGGAGAGCAUGUGAGUUCUUUUCGUGAUCUGGUAAUCCCAGAGUUUAACGCCCUCGAAGGUUACCUUCGUUCAUACCCGCUCACAUCGCCACCGUCAUGCGCAACACAACGAUUCCUGUCUCUCCCUUCUACGACCAAGAGCCUGGUGCUCCACCCACCGUUUCCUCCCAUGCUUACCGACCAGCUUGAGUUAUUUGGAAGUACUCAUCACCCAACUAUACUCAUCUCCGACGAGAUUCUCCCUGCCAAAGCUAGCACCAUCGUCCCACCUAUUCCUGCCCUCAAGGGCACGCCUGAGAUCAAACUUGCGGCGCCAUCAUCAAGACCAAUCGUUGUUUCUCGCCGUACCCGAAGAGAGUAUCAUUGGAGCGGUUUUCUCUUGGUCACCAACAGUGGCUCGUCUACUUCGGCCGCGAGUCUAUCAGAAGACUCAAAGAUACCCAAGCCCCCUGGCGAACCUGGUCGUCCGGGGUGGGGAGGAUACACGCUCCAGGAGAGUUUAAACUGGAGUCCAAAGGCAUACACGAAAUUCAAGAAAUCUAUGCACCACCUUGUCGAGGAACAUCUCGAUACCACAAAGUGCGCCUCUUCCCAAAGCCCUGCGCUCCUGAGAUAUGUGCGCGACAAGUCAGCUGUUGAUGCUUUCUCCGACCUAGACAACUACAGUAGUUGCUGGCCGGUGAAUGAUAUCAUCAUGAUGCAUCUGAAAUACACGUCGGGACGUGCUAGGCAGAAGGAAGCAGGGAUGGCUUUGGGCAAGAGCAAGAGGAAGACACAUACAUCGCCUGUGAGCUCUAUUAUUAUUGCGAAGGUCAGGGCUAAUGCUAAUCUACAGGCCACUUGA